UGUGCAGUCUUCCUGCGCAGGCAUCUUUAAUGACAGGUCUCUGGUCAUCCCCUGCGCUGUGCCCGCAGUCUCUGGUCAUCCCCUGCGCUAUGCCCGCAGUCCCUGGUCAUCCCCUGCGCUGUGCCCGCAGUCCCUGGUCAUCCCUUGUGCUGUGCCACAGUCCCUGGUCAUCCCCUGCGCUGUGCCCGCAGUCCCUGGUCAUCCCCUGCGCUGUGCCCGCAGUCCAUGUUCAUCCCCUGCGCUGUGCCCGCAGUCCAUGGUCAUCCCCUGCGCUAUGCCCGCAGUCCAUGGUCAUCCCCUGCGCUAUGUCCGCAGUCUCUGGUCAUCCCCUGCGCUAUGCCCGCAGUCUCUGGGUCAUCCCGUGCGCUAUGUCCGCAGUCUCUGGUCAUCCCCUGCGCUAUGUCCGCAGUCUCUGGUCAUCCCCUGCGCUAUGUCCGCAGUCUCUGGUCAUCCCCUGUGCUAUGUCCGCAGUCUCUGGUCAUCCCCUGCGCUAUGUCCGCAGUCUCUGGUCAUCCCCUGCGCUAUGUCCGCAGUCUCUGGUCAUCCCCUGCGCUAUGCCCGCAGUCUCUGGUACUGUGUCUCUAGUCUCUGGUCAUCUCCUG